AUGACUGAUCUCAAGGAUGUAUUGAAGACGUGCCGGCAUCAUGGCUGUGGGAAAAAAUACAUUGACGCUGAUAAUGGUCCGGAGGCGUGCCGGUAUCAUCCCGGUUGGCCUGUUUUCCAAGAUAUAAAGAAGACAUGGACGUGUUGCGGGGCUGUUAAGUAUGAGUGGGAUGAAUUCAUGCAAAUACCAGGGUGCGCUGUCGGCCAACAUACUGAUGUUAAGCCGGUGAAGCCAGGUAUUGGUCAAGCCAAGCCUGAGGAUCAGGUAUCUGGUUCUGUGAGGUCAUCGGUCCCUCAACGUAUCGACCAGCCUGCUGGGGGUGUUGCGAUGCCUUCUUCGGCACCAGUCAGGAUCGACGGUGGUGAGAAGGAUUCCUCUGAGCCUGUGCAGAUCGCUGAGGAGAAGAAGGAGGAAGAUAAGAAACAAGUUGAUAUGAAGCCACAAGUCACAGCAUCGGGCAAAUAUCGUUGUUGUCAUGUUGGAUGUGGUAAGGAGUAUGAUCCCGAGGAUAAUGCUGAUGGUUGUUGCCACUAUCAUGAUGGGAAGCCUAUUUUCCAUGAUUUGAAGAAGGAAUGGUCAUGCUGCGGAGCCCGUAGCUACGACUGGGAUGAUUUCAUGGCGCUCCCGAAAUGCAAGACCGGCAAGCACGAACCCAAAAUGACUAAGGCCUAA